UGUCCAUGUUAGUGAUGCAGCAGUAGCAGAACUUGACUGAAGGUGUUCAUCAUUCCUGAUGAAGGGCUUAUGCCUGUAACAUCGAUUCUUUUGCUUGAUCCCCUGUGCUUUUCCAGCACUAUACUCUUGACCGGGGAGGUGUUCAAAUAUUGUAUUGUAGUGAGACUGGGAUCUGAUUUUAUGUGGUCCAGCCAAAUCUGGUGAUGAAUGACUCAAUCUGCUGUGCACCAUGAAGUAUUUGUACAUAAAGAAGCAAAGACAUGCGCUGUCGUAGGAAAAACCUUUGGAUUCAGAGGGAGUAAGAGUUUUACUGGGGAUAAGGACACCAAAAUGAAGCAUCCAGCAUGUCAGAUCAGGAGAAGUUGCUCGAGGUUUUAAAAAAGGAGCUGCUGUCUCUGCUGAUUUCUGCCAAAACUGGUCUGACUCCUGAGGAACUAGAAAGAGAUUACCAGAGCAUGAUGGGGAAGCGGCUGCCUCUGUGUGCGUUAGGUUACAGGUCUGUUUUGGAGCUUGCCUCCAACAUAUCAGAUACCAUCAAAAUUCACACACUUGGAGAUGGCAACAUCCUUCUAAAAGGGGUUGGAAAUGAAACCACAAAAGGAAUUGAAGAACUGGUGGCAAAAGCAAAAGUUUCCACAAAGACCAAACGUAACUUGAGAAAAUCUAGGUAUGAACUCGUGCAAAAGCAGGUUUUUCUGCCCAGACGGUAUAACACCAAGCCAAUUCUGCCAGCAUUAGUGAAGUGUGAACUCAGAGAGCUGGUGGCAUCCUUUCCUGAUGGUGUUCUGCUCUCCGAUUUUGACAAGUCAUUUAUGAAAAGGUAUGGGCGGCCUUUUCAGUACACAAGGUAUGGCUUUUACUCCUUGCAGGAAGUUCUCAAAGCAGCUGCAGAUGACAUUGAGAUCCAGCAGACACGCCGGGGUUCCCUGCUGUUGGCAAGAAACAAAAAUAGAGCAAGUCCACUGAAGCAAGGUAAAUGGCUAAACCAGUCUGUUCAGAGCAAUCCAGCCCAAACACAUGUGAAAACGGUGCUACCAAGCCUGACUAAACCAUCCACAGACAAUGAGAUUGCAUCAGCUUUGAAGACAGAGGAUUUACCAGGUCCAGCUCUAGCUCCUGAGUACUUCGAUGGAGGUUUGAAAAAGCUUGUAGAAGACCUGAGGACCGUACUUGUAGAUAAAGGAGUUGAAGGCAUCAUUGAUUCACGAGUGAAGGAAAAAAUUCGAUUUACAGUAGCACAACGACCUGAUGGGUUAUUGGCAUCCAAACUCCCUACAGAAUUCAAGAAUAUUUUUGGAAUGGAACUUCCCUUGAAAGAAUUGGGCUUCUAUAGUGUGACUGAACUUGUUGGUGCAUUAAGUGAUACCCUCCAUGUGGAGCGUGACUCUGUCAAUCAGGAUUGGCUAGUCUUUGACAUCCGACACCACAAGUUGCUUCAAAAGGAACCUGAACCACAACUCAACAAAAUCAAUGAGUUGCUGUCUGCAGACCAGGAACGAGCAAUUCUUGCAGACACCCAGGACUCUGAAAAGAAUUUCAAUCUUAAAACAAUUAACGAGGAAACGGUUGCAAAGAGAUCAUACCCUCCAGAAAUUGAGAUUCCACCAGAUGCCAUACAGGAUGGAAAUCUCUACAAGCUACCACAGCUCGAGGAAAAUUCCUUUGUCUGUGUGUUUGUAGAAAGCGUGACUUCACCCAGCCAGUUUUAUAUUCGUUUGUAUGGGGAUUUCACCUCAAUGAUGCUUGAAGAUCUGAUGAUUGAGAUGAGACGUUGCUAUUCCUAUGAGGAGGUCUCUGAACGCUACAUGAUGCCAGAUUCAUUUAUCCAACCAAGACAAGUGUGUUGUGUGCGGAACCCUGACGAUGUGUGGUGGUAUCGUGUCAUUAUCCAUAGGGUGCUGGAUGAAAAACUAGUGGAGGUGUACUAUGUUGACUUCGGAGAUGUUUCACCCGUGGAAAGAUCUCGACUAAGAUUUCUCAAAUGUUGUCAUUCAAAGCUUCCUGCCCAAGGGAUUCCAUCAACACUUAUGUGGCUACAACCAACUGAGGAUGAUUGGAGCAUUGCUGCCAAGAAUCAAUUCCUGAGAUUCUGUGGAAAACAACCACUGGUGGCCCUGACAUAUGGAUAUGUUGAGGAUGUGCUGCAUUUGUUCCUUUGUGAUACCUCUACAGAUGAAGAUAUUUACAUUAAUGAUGUCCUUAAGAAAGCAGGUCAUGCCAUGCCAUGCCUCUCAAACAAUGCCUCUAAGGGAUUUGGGGACUUCAAUCCAGCUGCUCUGUAUUUGAAAUCAAAGCCAAUUUCGAUGAAAGAGAUAUCAUCAAAAAUUAAGGCAUGUCCACCAACCCCACUUGAUAGGAAACCCAAUUCCACGAUAGCAGAGGAGAGCGACAAAAAAUCAGACCUCCCAAUAUAUGGAGAGAACAAUGAAGAGGAUUUUGAAUCACUAAUCUAUGACUUGCCAUAUUUGGAGCCAUAUUCAUUUUGCUCUGUUACUCCAGUUGAAGACAAUUGUAAAUCUUUGAAGAUGUCUGUACUGGGAGUGUCUGAAGAGGUUGAAUAUAAUGAGCUCCCAGCACUAGAGGUGGUGGUGGAGGAAAAGCAACAGGAGCUGUGCUGUGAAUCAUUGAACAGCAUGGAUCGUCUGGAAAAUUCAGAGAACAAGUUAAAAACACAGGAUGAGUUCUAUAUCUCUAUUAUUGAUACUAAGCAUUCUGCAGAGUCAGGUAAUGCAGAAAUUCCAAGUGUGUAUGACAAGUCUGGUAUUUCAGGUGAAAGUUUCAAACCAGAGAAUAUUCAGCCCUUUGUGAAAACAGAUACCAAAAAAGUUUCAAGCUGCACUUCUGAAACUCUGCAAGAGGAAUCCAUCCAUUCUUUACUCAGCAGUGUCAAAGAGGAGCCAACUCCAGUGUUGCCUGUAUUAUCUGCUUCAGCCAGACAGAGUAAAUUUCACGUACCUCUGAGCUCUCCAUCGGCAGCACUUGGCCCCUCGGCACGUAUGGCAGGAGCGCUUCAUUGUUUAUCAUGGCUGUCAAUAAUGAACAAAAAGCUGUAACCUUCACAGUUCCAGGCAGGAACUCAGCUUUCGUUAGUUGGAACACUACUUGGCCACCAAGUCUGCGUUAAAAAGGAUACCUCUUUGCUGCUCCAGGCCUGCAUUAUACACACUGCAUGGUUUGGAGAGUUUGCUUUCAAAAGAUUGAACGUCAAACUGACAAAAGCCCGUGUUUCAAAAUGCUCACUUUGUCGAAACAUUUCAUGUGAUUGAGAUUUUUUUUGCUGUACUAUCAGUUUUAUUUUGCGUGCUUGAACAAAGGAAACAUUGUAUACAAAGGAUGUGAUCUUCAUCUUUGUUGUUCCUAUUAUAGAAAUUUUUUUCUGAAAAGUUUUAUAAGUUACUAUACAGUUUCAGAGAAUUAGGAUUUUCUUUUACUUUGGGAAAGGAAUGUUUUACUGGUGAAUGUUGAUUCUAUUGAAAGAAGAAAUGACUGAAGCUAGUUUGACCCGUGGAAUUGAAGUUGAAAUUAUUUACAUUAUUUGCACUGAAUGGAAUGCUGCUGAUAUUCAGCUCAAAUGCUUGUCAUUCUCAGUAAGCUUUAAUAUCCUCUUCUGUUGUUGCAUUAUCUGUACAGUUUAAUUUGUAUAUAUGAAAAGAAUUCUCCUGUUUUUUUUUUGCUGACCGCAGUGAAACCACUUGCCCCUUUCAGAUGCCUAGGUACAGAAACUGCACAAUAAGCUGCCUGCACGGAUAGCUGUAUCCUGGACAACCUUACCAGAAGCUCAGUUGGUAGCACUCUGGCUUAUAAAGUUCUAGGUUCGAGUCCUUCUACCAGAACUUGAGCAUACAAAUCAAGGCUGCCAUUCAGUGCAUCACUGGGAUGUCCUGGCGUGUCAGAGAUGCCAAUCUUUCAAAUCUGGCAUCAUACCAUGACUUCAUUUGCCUACUCUGAAGUAAGUGAAAAUGGGGAAAAAAGAAACUGAACACUUUUUGAAGAAGAGCAGCUUGCAUUCUGGCUAAUAUUUAUCCCUCAAUCAAUAUCACAUAAAUAGCAGCUUAUCCAGUGAUCAUUUUCACAAUGCCGUUUAUUGGAGUUUGCUGUUGUGCAGAAGUGGAGUCUUAUUUCCUACACUGCAACAAUGACUAAAUUUCAAAAGCACUUAAUUGGCUGUAAAGUACUUUGAGUCUAACAUGUAGUUGGGAAAAUCAGUGUGUAAAUAUGAGUUUUCUUCCUCCCUCUAAGUUUACGCUGGCUUACUCAUUCUUGAAAUUUUGUAUCUUCAAAUGCCCCCUUCCCCCAAAUAAGAUUAACAGUUAUUGGUAUGUAACUGUUGCCAAUUAUUUUCAAACUUAAAUAGAUUUGAUGUGGAGGUGCUGGUGUUGGACUGGGGUGGACAAGAUCAGAAAUCGCUCAGCACCAGGUUA